UUCUUUGUCUCGAGCCGAGUUGGGCAGCUCGCGCCUGCUCGCACAGCACCUCGGGGCGUCCUGUGCCGCCUCGCAGAAGCAGGUCCCCCCGCGGCACUGCGUGGGCCCAUCCCGCGCGGACCGACCGAGAUCGGAGGGAGGAGAGCCAUGGAGCUCCCCUGCACGCCGUGGGAGCCCCCGAUGCGCUUCGCGGUGCCGCCGCCGCCCGGCCUCGAGGACGUGAGGUCCGAAGUGGGCGGGGCCGCAGCCGGCAUGAUCGACUUCGCGCAAAUGGUGCAAUACGCCACCCAGUCGCCAGAGCAAGCGGUUCCCGCGGCACCGCCCACCACGUCCGCGGGCUUCCUGUGGGACCACAUGCAGAACGAGGAAUUGGCUCAGGCUGAGCAGCUACAGCAUGUGCUGCUGCAGGAGCACCUGAUGCAGCAGCAGGCGUGCGGCUCGUCGGGCGAGUGGGUUGAGGCCGUGCUGUCGGCCGCCCCCUUCCUGGACGCAGGGGGGAUGAAGGCGGCCCUGGCGAUCCUUGACAAGGCGCACGAAAACAUCCAGCGCGCGAAGCCGCUGGACGGCAUCAUCGCGAGCACGCACGCCGCCGGGGGCAUCUUCACCUCGAUGCCCCACCUCCACGCGGUGGAGCAAAUGAAGGCGCAGCUCUUGGAGGAGCAGCAGGCCCUGCUCCGCCAGCUCCACCAGCUGCGGGCCUUCUCCGUGACCGGUGGCAGCGGCGCGGCCGCGAGAGCCGCGCAGCGCCCGGGCGCCUUGCGCCUAGGCCCGCCAGCGGGCUCGGAAGGCGGCGCGCCGCCCAGGCCACGGCAGCAGCAGGGCCACCAGCUCGGCCCGCGGGCGCACGCGAAGCAGGAGGAGCAGCUCCUCGCGCGGCCGCCGUGGCAGCAGCCCCGCCCGCGAGGGCCGCAGGCCCGCCUGUCGGCCGUGCCGCCAGAGGUGCCCCAGCAGGGCGCCCACGGGCCGGCGCAGACGCUCUCGUCCAGCCUGCAGCUGCUCGCGGCCGAGGACCCCGACUGCCUCUUCGUCGUCCGCCGCAUCAACAGGCUGGGCUUCCAGGCGCCCAGGAGGCUGAAGCGGCACUUCUCCGGCUGCGGCCCGGUCUCGCAGGUGCUCCUGGCGCACUCCACCCUCCACGAGAGUGGGGAGAGCAGACGCUGUGCCCGCGCCGCCGCCCCAGCAGCCUGGGCUUCGUGCACAUGGCCACGCCCGAGGGUGCUCGCCGCGCUCUCGCCCUGGGAGGAGAGCAGGUGGUGGACGGCUGCGUCAUCGUCGUGCAGCGCUUCGAGCGUCAGCAGAAGGACGACAGCGAGGAGGACGAGGACGACCACGAAGAGCAGGACCAGGAGCACGAUCCGGGCGCCUCGGAGAGAGCUGCUGGCAUGGAAGGGGGCUGGACUCCGCGGCACAUCGGCCUCUCCGCGCAGUCCUUCCGUGCGGGCAAGAACGACAGCUGGACGCGCCAGCAGGGCGCCCUCUCCACCAGAUCCACCGCGAGCAGGUCCGCAGAGGGGUCCGGGUCUCGGUCUGCCUCCGAGGAUGGCCCCGCCAGCACAGGUGGCUCCUCUCGCGAGGAAGCCGCGGGCGGAGAGGGCUCGGUCUGAGCGAGAGGGGGGCCGUGCGCCACCGCAGGCAGGCCCCGGCCAGGGUGAAGCUAGGCCGAUGAAGUUGCUCUGUGACCCACCCAUUUCUGGCCCCUUCCGAUGA